AUGGCAGAAGCGAUCCAGAAGAAACUAAAAGCUGAAGUCGAUAAAUACACACUGAUGCAGAAAGAUGUCAGCAAAAGCAUGUCAGCGAGACAGAAGUUGGAAACGCAAUUGACAGAAAACAACAUUGUCAAAGAGGAGCUGGAUCUGAUGGAGAGCGCUAACACUGUUUAUAAACUGAUCGGUCCAGUUUUAGUGAAACAGGAUCUGGAUGAAGCCAAAGCCACUGUAGGAAAAAGAUUAGAGUACAUCAAUGGAGAGAUCCAAAGGUACGAGGCGCUGCUGAAGGACAUGGAGAAGAAGUCUGACCAGCAACGAGAGGUUUUGUCCAGUCUCCAGCAGGAGUUUCAGAAAGCACAGGGUCUGGUUGUGGGAAAAGCAUGA